AUGGAGCCUGCGGCUGACUUGCAGCUGGUGCCCGGGGCAGCGGAGGACGCGCGGGCUCGGGACUCCGCGGGCUGCCGAGCCGCGAUCGCCGCAGUGGCGGCCACCAGCCUGCUUGCUGUCGCCCUGGGAGCCCUUCCGGCCCUCCUCUCCACGCAGGACGUCCAGGUGGAGCACAGCGCCGAGCUGCGGGGCAUCCGCUACGCCAGCUCCCUGCUGCAGGAGGACUCCGACUACUACCGCACGCUCACGCCCGCACUGCAGGCCCUGCUGCACUUCCUGCGCGCGCUCCGGCCACCCGGCCUGGACCUGGAGGAGGAGCUGCUGCGGCGCGGCCUGCGGGCCAGCCUGCGGGGACGCGGGGUCCCCCUGGCCGCCUACGGCACCAUCCUGUCGGCGGAGCUCACGGGCAGCCGCGGGGGACCGGGGACCGCCACCGAAAGAGACUUAAAGUCAGGCCACUGCCCGGGGAGCUCCUUCUCCUGCCAGAACCAGCAGUGUGUGGACACGGUGAACCCCGAGUGUGACGACAGGGUGGACUGCGCGGACGGGUCCGACGAGGCGCACUGUGACUGCGGGCUGCAGCCGGGCUGGAGGUCAGCGGGCAGGAUCGUGGGCGGCGUGGAGGCCGCCCCAGGGGAGUUCCCCUGGCAAGCCAGCCUGCGCGAGGACAAGGAGCAUUUCUGCGGAGCCACCGUCAUCGGGGCCAGGUGGCUGGUGUCUGCCGCCCACUGCUUCAACGAAUUCCAGGACCCGUCCCAGUGGGUGGCCUUCACAGGCACCACCCACCUCAGUGGCUCGGAGGCCAGCGCCGUGCGCUCCCGGGUGGUCCGGAUCGCCAAGCACCCCUCCUACAACCCGGACACGGCCGACUUCGACGUCGCCGUACUGGAGCUGGCCCGGGCCCUGCCCCUGGGCAGGUACAUCCAGCCCGCGUGCCUCCCGGCCCCCACCCACGUCUUCCCACCAGGCAGGAAGUGUCUCAUCUCGGGCUGGGGCUACCUCAAGGAGGACUUCCUGGUCAAGCCAGAGGUGCUGCAGAAAGCCACCGUGGAGCUGCUGGACCAGGCCCUGUGUGCUGGCCUGUACGGCCCCUCGCUCACCGACAGGAUGGUGUGUGCCGGCUACCUGGACGGGAAGGUGGACUCCUGUCAGGGUGACUCUGGAGGGCCCCUGGUCUGCGAGGAGCCCUCCGGCAGGUUCUUCCUGGCCGGCAUCGUGAGCUGGGGCAUCGGCUGUGCAGAAGCAGGGCGUCCCGGGGUCUACGCCCGGGUCACACGGCUGCGGGACUGGAUCCUGCAGGCGACCUCCCCUGCCAGCCAGCCACCAGCCCCGGUCGUGGCUUCUGUCCCCACCGCCCCCAGCACCGCCUGGCUGACCAGCCCCGAGAGCCCCCCGGUUGACACUCCCGCCAAGCCCACGCAGGCCGCCAGCCCUGCACCCCUGGACUCUCUCCUGGCUCCUAAGCCACAAGAGUGCGGGGCCCGGCCUGCGAUGGAGAAGCCCACCCGAAUUGUGGGUGGGCUUGGGGCUGCGUCUGGGGAGGUGCCCUGGCAGGUCAGCCUCAAGGAAGGUCCAAGGCACUUCUGCGGAGCCACCGUGGUGGGUGACCGCUGGCUGCUGUCAGCUGCCCACUGCUUCAACCACACCAAGGCUGAGCGCGUGCAGGCCCACCUGGGCACCGCAUCACUCCUGGGCGUGGGCGGGAGCCCCGUGAAGCUUGGGCUGCGCAGGGUGGCACUGCAUCCCCGGUACAACCCUGGCAUCCUGGACUUCGACGUGGCGGUGCUGGAGCUGGCCAGCCCCCUGGUCUUCAACAAGUACAUCCAGCCUGUCUGCCUCCCCCUGGCCAUCCAGAAAUUCCCUGUGGGCCGCAAGUGCGUGAUCUCAGGCUGGGGUAACACGCAGGAAGGAAACGCCACCAAGCCCGACACCCUGCAGAAGGCCUCGGUGGGCAUCAUCGACCAGAAGGCCUGCAGCGUGCUGUACAACUUCUCCCUCACCGACCGCAUGCUCUGUGCGGGCUUUCUGGAGGGCAAAGUCGACUCCUGCCAGGGCGACUCCGGGGGACCCCUGGCCUGCGAGGAGGCCCCAGGUGUGUUUUACCUGGCAGGGAUCGUGAGCUGGGGCGUUGGCUGUGCUCAGGCUCAGAAGCCCGGAGUGUACACGCGCAUCACCAGGCUGAAGGGCUGGAUCCUGGACACCAUGUCCUCAGGCUCCCCCCCCACGCCUCCCCCCACCACCUCGAGGACGCGGGUCACUUCCAGCUGCCUCCCCGUCCCAGGGGUCACCACCAGCAGACCCACCACCCCUGGGGCCAGCAUCAGGGCCACUGUCCAGCCUGCCGACAUGACGGUGUCCGUCACAAGCUCAACUGCCAGGGGAAAGACACCGCCUCCAGACACCCCGGAGUCCACCACGCGCUCCCAGCUGCCAGGUUGCGGCCUGUCACCUGUCAGAGCACUGGCCAGGAUUGUGGGUGGCAGUGCCGCAGGUCGAGGUGAGUGGCCGUGGCAGGUGAGCCUGUGGCUGCGGCGCAGGGAACACCGCUGUGGAGCCGUGCUGGUGGCAGAGAGGUGGCUGCUGUCGGCUGCACACUGCUUUGACAUCUACGGGGACCCCAAGCAGUGGGCGGCCUUCUUGGGCACGCCAUUCCUGAGCGGCGCCGAGGGGCAGCUGGAGCGCGUGGCGCGCAUCUACAAGCACCCCCUCUACAACCGCUACACGCUCGACUACGACGUGGCGCUGCUCGAGCUGGCAGGGCCGGUGCGCCGCAGCCACCUGGUGCGGCCUAUCUGCCUGCCAGAGCCCGCCCCGCGGCCCUCCGAGGGCACGCACUGCGUCAUCACCGGCUGGGGCUCCGUGCGCGAGGGAGGCUCUAUGGCGCGGCAGCUGCAGAAGGCGGCGGUGCGCCUCCUCAGCGAGCAGACUUGCCGCCACUUCUACCCGGUGCAGAUCAGCAGCCGCAUGCUGUGCGCUGGGUUCCCGCAGGGCGGAGUGGACAGCUGCUCGGGUGAUGCUGGGGGACCCCUGGCCUGCAGGGAGCCCUCUGGCCGAUGGGUGCUAACUGGGGUCACCAGCUGGGGCUACGGCUGCGGUCGACCUCAUUUCCCAGGUGUCUACACUCGGGUGGCUGCUGUGAGAGGCUGGAUAGGACAAAACAUCGAGGAGUGACCACCAUGUGGCUGUCCAAGCCCAGGACGUUAGACAGGGAGGAGGAGA